AUGUGGAUGCCAAAGGCAUUCAAGGGUCCCAAGCUAACUGUCAGAGAAGCAGAAACUGACGCAGUCCCAGGAACAGUGGCGGGCGACCCGGACCCGGGGCGGGGCGGGGCGGUGGGGAGAAAGGGCGGACCGCGCAGCCGGAGCCGCCCACUCCUCCUAGCGCCGGGGGCGGGACUAGAGCACGCACGGCGGCGUGACGCAGGGCCGCAGCUGGCCUCGUUCAGGCCGCCGCUGCCAUAUCAGGAACAAGUUCCAGUUCCGGUCUAUCAUCCAACACCUAGCCAGACUCGCCUAGCAACUCAGCUGACUGAAGAGGAACAAAUUAGGAUAGCUCAAAGAAUAGGCCUUAUACAGCAUCUGCCUAAAGGAGUUUAUGACCCUGGAAGAGAUGGAUCAGAAAAAAAGAUCCGGGAGUGUGUGAUCUGUAUGAUGGACUUUGUUUAUGGGGACCCAAUUCGAUUUCUGCCGUGCAUGCACAUCUAUCACCUGGACUGUAUAGAUGACUGGUUGAUGAGAUCCUUCACGUGCCCCUCCUGCAUGGAGCCAGUUGAUGCAGCACUGCUUUCGUCCUAUGAGACUAAUUGAGCCAGGGUCUCUUAUCUGACUUCAAGUGAACCAUCAUUUUUGGUGGUUUUGAUCUUUUGUCACUGAGCCCAAAGAGCCAGGGAUUAGGAAUUAAGAUCAUGCACAAAAGUUUCCUAAAAAUUCCUGAAUGGCUGCAGAUGUUGGGGGAAAGUACGUGAUAUUUUAGAAACUUAGGGGGAAAGUAGAAUGGUAUUUUUAUGUAAAGCCUUGACCCAGUGUUUAAAAUAUAAUUGUAUUUAGAUCAUGUUAUUGCUCCAGUGCAUAGGAAUUGUGUAAAGUGUUACAGCAGCUGUAUAUGUUUAAAUUGUGCGUAUUGAAGAUUAGGAAAAAGGUAGUGGUUGUUUCUCCUAAAUGAAAUAACUUUCUUCUUCCCCCAACCCAAAUUCUUUUCUGAAGUUGCUGGCAUUUGGGUCAAGGUUUUAUUAAAAGCUACAUUUUAUAACACUGGCACAAAAAAGUAGUUUUAAGCUUGUUUGCACAGUUCUUUUUUUCCAUUGGAAAUGGAAUUCAUUGCCUUAGGUCUUUUUAAAUAGUGUAUUAUUAUCGUUGGGGCUGGCUCUAUGCUUGAAAACCAGUUUAUUUAUAACCUGUUAUAAGUGCUAUAUCUGUUUGCAGUUAGGAAAUGCAGAAUUCAAAGUGAUCUCCUAGCUUGUAAGCAAACUGAGAUGCACUAUCCCUUUUCUAUAAAAAUGAGUUAGUCUCAAGAAACCAACUCUAGUAAAGUGGGGUUUAAUAUUACCCUUUCCUAUGUAUUUUAUCUAAUUAUUUUGGUUGUUAAUAUGGUGAUAAUUAAAAGUCAAGGUAAAUUUUAAAUAUUAAGAUUUCUGAUUUUUUGAGCUUGAAUUAUGCCACCAUGCUUUAUGUAAAAUGAAAGUGGCACCAUGGUGAAACUGAGAAAAGUUUCUCAGUUGUAAUAGUUUUGAUUUAUUCUUUCCUGUGACCUCCUUCUCUGUUGUCUUGAACCAUAGCAAAAGGAUACUGCAUCUCUUACUGUAGUGCUGAGGUUAUUGAAGUUAUAUAAAACACAUCUCAGUCUCUGUUUCUUGGAAGGAAAGUCCUGCUAGCUGACUGACAGUUUUAAGCAGGGAGAAUUAAGAUAAAUGUGUUUCAUGUUUUGCACACAAAUGCAAAAUUUGUAUAACCACAUGACUUCAUAGUUGUGAUCUCAAAAAAGAAUUUCUCCUUUGUCUUUUUCUUGCAGUUCAUGUAAGAACACUCUGAAUCUCUAAGCUUCUGAAGUGUUAGAGGUAGAGAUGGUCUAGUAAAGAUGUAGUUGUAAUGUUUUAUCCAUUUAGCAUGUGUUUAUUUUUCUUUAUGUACUCCAAGGUGACAUUUGUUUAGCUCAGUGAUAUUACAGCUUAAGAAAUCAUUUAUUAGCUAAAGGAGAUGCAAUCUCAACCUAACAAAUCAGAAAAGUUUCUUAUUAUUUUAUAUUGUGUUGAAAAUUUGACUCUAACACUUUUCUACAUACAAAACACAAAAACUCUUGAAGGGUUCUUCAUAAUUGCAUUAUAGAGGAAUUUAGUAUGUCAUAAGCACUUCUUAAAGAUUUGAUGUUCAACUGUAGUAGUAUCCAGGUUGGUUAAUUUUCUUAUGAGCCCCAUGAUGAGUUUGAGAAAUUGAAAAAAUUAGAUUAUCAGGUUCUGUUAAAUUGUUACAUGUAUCUUGCUCAAGUUUUUGUUCAUUAAUUUAUAUCCACCCAAUUACAUAAAGCAAAUUUGGAGGAAACACCUGAAGUUGUGCAAUAUUUUCAGCGAUACUACUUUUUUUAUCUUUGUGUUUUCUACUUAAACAUGAUGUCUGUCAGCCAGUAUUAUAGUCAGACUUUCUUUUUUUCUAGAUUGUUAAAAUUGGUAAAUGAAAUUUUUUUCCUAAAUCAUCUUCUAUGUUUCUGUUAGUCUUUCUUUAUUACAAGCCUUCUUUUAUAGAAGUUUGGCAGUAAUAUUGAAGGAACCAGGAUUGAGCUGAAUGCCUUUUCUUUUUUUAAGGUACUUUGUAUUCUGUCAUUUUGAUCUCCACAUACUAUAUUAAGAACCAUCAAUUUUUGACUUUUACUGAAUUAAAUAAAGUUAUAAUACAGUUGUAAAGGACUAAAGUUAGAGUUGAUUACAUAAGAAUAUUCCCCAACUUAUCUAAUUCUUUCUUUAAAACACAUGUGUAUAAAUUUAAUUAAUUCCUUUAAAAUUUCUAGCUAUUUAUACUUUUGGGGAAGUAUUUUUUGUGGCUUGGCAUUUAAUACCAUCUAAUCAUAAAUUUAGAAGUUUGAUAGCUUCAGAUUUUCCAAAGCCAAGUAAUAGGCACAACAUAUUUCGAUGUGUUUGGUCUUGGCAGUAAUAUCUGGUUUGAAAUAUCUGAAAAGCCUGACUAAGGAAAAAAUAAUAGAAUUUUACUCACUUAAAUGUAAACCCAACAAGUUGAAAUACUUUCAGAUAGUUGUAGUUUGGUCAACACAAACUUUAAAAAUUUAAAAAUGAGUUUUCUUUAUAGGGCAUCUCUUAAACCAGGUAUUAGAAGACUCUCCCACUACUUUCAAUGUCUGUGUGAUAUAAAACAAAGUACUGUGAGCAUCAAGGUAACAAAUUCUCUGUGUACAAAGCUCCUUCUUAAGGAAGCAUGCGUUGUUAAAAAGGAAUAACAAUAAACGAGUCAAAAG